GCCAACGAGCCGCUGCUUUUUUUCUUUUUCUUUCUUUUUUCCGUGUGUGUGUGUGUGUGUGUGUGUGUGUCUCCUCCGUCCUGUGUAAUUGUGUGGUUCCCGGUUCCGGUGACGCUCUCACGCUGUGUUCUCUCACCAUGGGAUGUACUCUGAGCGCCGAGGAGCGGGCGGCUCUGGACCGGAGCAAAGCCAUCGAGAAGAACCUGAAGGAGGACGGACUGACCGCCGCCAAAGAUGUCAAACUGCUGCUGCUCGGGGCUGGAGAGUCGGGGAAAAGCACCAUCGUCAAACAGAUGAAGAUCAUCCACGAGGACGGUUUCUCUGGCGAUGACGUAAAGCAGUACAAGCCGGUUGUUUACAGCAACACCAUCCAGUCUCUGGCUGCCAUCGUCCGUGCUAUGGACACUCUGGGCCUGGAGUAUGGAGACAAAGAGCGCAAGGCGGAUGCUAAGAUGGUCUGCGAUGUUGUCAGCCGCAUGGAGGACACGGAGCCUUACUCAGCGGAGCUACUCUCUGCCAUGAUGCGUCUGUGGUCCGACUCCGGCAUCCAGGAGUGUUUCAGCCGUGCCCGAGAAUACCAGCUCAAUGAUUCAGCGCAGUACUACUUAGACAGCCUAGACCGGAUUGGGGCUCCAGAUUACCAGCCAACAGAGCAGGACAUUCUGAGGACCCGAGUGAAGACCACAGGCAUCGUUGAGACACACUUUACCUUCAAAAACCUCCAUUUCAGGCUGUUCGAUGUGGGGGGUCAAAGGUCGGAGAGGAAGAAGUGGAUUCACUGUUUUGAGGACGUGACAGCUAUCAUUUUCUGUGUGGCGCUCAGCGGCUACGACCAGGUGCUGCACGAGGAUGAGACCACGAACCGCAUGCACGAAUCUUUGAAGCUCUUUGAUUCCAUCUGCAACAACAAGUGGUUUAAGGACACCUCCAUCAUCCUCUUCCUCAACAAGAAAGACCUCUUUGAAAGAAAGAUCAGCAAGUCACCACUGUGUAUCUGCUUCCCAGAAUACACCGGUCCAGAUGCAUAUUUGGAGGGAAUCGCGUACAUUAAGUCUCAGUACGAGAGCAAGAACAAGUCACCUGACAAAGAGGUUUACUCCCAUGUGACCUGUGCCACCGACACCAACAACAUCCAGUUUGUGUUCGACGCCGUCACUGAUGUUAUCAUAGCCACUAACCUCAGGGGGUGUGGUUUAUAUUGAUGUUACCCAAUAAAUGGAGGGCAUCUGACAUGUAGCCAGAAACCACUUUGGUCGUGCGGUACACGUCAUGAUGUCAUCAUGCGAUGGCACUCGCAUUGCAGUUUCGAUCAUGAUGUCAUCAUACUGUUUUUCAGCUGACCACCAGUUCAGCUUCACAGUGACUGGAUUGACUUUGAGUCGGCCUUUUACUCUUUCUGAAGCAGGCCCAGCAGCACAUCUCAGAUCUGAACGCACGGCGCUGCCUUGCUCAUGGAUCCUAAGUCAGUCCAGCUUUGCAUCUUUCCUGUAUUACUCACA